CCACGCAGCCGACUCCAAUUUCCCCUUCGUCGUCAAAGGGUUACCCUCGUCAAAGAGAGAAGAAAAAACUCCGUCUCCCUGAAGGCCCGAACCCCGCCGCCGGCCCCCGUCCUCGUCCUCCCCGACUCCCCGUCCCCAUCUAAGCACGCGUCCGUGUCCUCCCGCCCGCCUCGCCAGCGUCGUCUCCGUCCGCUGGCAGCCUCCACUCCAUUGCGUCUCCGUCCUCUCCGUCCUCCCCAUCCGCACCCAGGCCAGGAGUUCUCUGUUCAACACCCAACGCAAAUCCUAUUUAACCCAGAUCCGACCACGCUACCCCCACACCGCGCCAGCGCCGCCUCCGUCCCCCCGCCGCCGCAGCUAUGGUGUACGUGGAUUCGUGGGACGAGUUCGUGGAGCGUUCCGUGCAGCUCUUCCGCGCCGACCCCAGCGCCACCCGCUAUGUGAUGAAGUACAGGCACUGCGAGGGGAAGCUCGUGCUCAAGGUCACCGACGACCGUGAGUGCUUGAAGUUCAAGACAGAUCAAGCUCAGGAUGCAAAGAAGAUGGAGAAGCUCAACAACAUCGUUUUUGCGCUCAUGACUCGUGGGCCUGAUGCUGAUAUCAGCGAAGUUUCAGGGAAGGAACCGGCAGAGCAACAGCAAUCGAAGAAAGGACGUGGCAGGAGACAGUGAUGCCUACCUUGCUCCUCGUUUCCUUCGGAAAAUUCACAACUAGGAUGGUGGAUUGACGUCAUUUGACUCUUGUCCCGACAAUGGUACACUCAAGGAAUUUUGAACGAUCUUGGACAUUUUCCAGCACAGAACCAAAAUAUCAUGCUGAAUCUAUCAUGAAUUCUUCAGAUCAAAGAAACACUCGAUCCUUGACCACUUUUUUCGCA